UCAGCGCUCAGUUCACAUUUCCCGCCUGGGUUGUUACUAUGCAAAUAAUAUUCUUAAAGUAAUCACGUGUCUUUUGAAGGGCCACGUGGAUUAACAAAGCAGUCCUGCCCCCUGCUAGCCCAUGGCUUCAGGUUUUUUGCCAUUUCUUUAACUGAUCCUAAAUGCACACAUUUAGCAAAGGCCUCCCUUUAAUCCUAUGGAAUAAUUUAGGCUAUGAAUGCACGAGUCCCCUAAAUGAUCGCUUUAUAAGGAGUAACGUUCAGUCCCGAACCGCAGAACAUCUAGUUUACCACCAGUAGAACACACAGAACUGACUCCUGGUCAAUAUUUUUUUUUACUUUUUUGAAUUUUGCACCAAAUUAUGGCAUCUAAAAUGAAGGAACGCAAGAGAACGCCAGUUUCCCACAAAGUGAUAGAGAAAAGAAGACGAGAUCGCAUCAAUCGAUGUCUUAACGAGUUGGGGAAAACGGUACCAAUGGCCCUGGCAAAACAGAAUUCCGGAAAGCUGGAGAAAGCGGAAAUCUUGGAAAUGACCGUUCAGUAUUUGCGGGCUCUUCACUCUGCAGACUUUCCGCGGGGCAGGGAGAAAGGGGAGCUCCUGGCAGAGUUUGCCAAUUACUUUCAUUACGGCUACCACGAAUGCAUGAAGAACCUGGUUCACUACCUCACUACGGUGGAGAGGAUGGAGACCAAAGACACAAAAUACGCGCGGAUCCUCGCCUUCCUGCAGUCCAAGUCCCGCGUCGUGGCAGAGCCCGUCUUCGGCUCGGCCGGUGCUCUGCCCGACCCCGCGGACUACCUGUGCCAGAUGCACCCCACGUCGGACUCCCAAAGCCUCAGCCCCACCGAGUCGGUUUUCCAGCAGACGCCCCCAGGACACUUCUCUUGGCACGCAUCGGCGCGCAGCCCUUCAAUCGCCUACCCGCCGGUGCCAUUGGGCAGCUCGGCACCGCAGCACGCCGGCUACCUGUCGCCGGUGCCAGGACUGGAGCACCACUACGUCAGCCUCAUCGGGCACCCGCACGCGAACGCCUUCGCCCUCCACAGCGCGCAGCACGCAGCAUUGUAAAUAAAAAUAUAUAUUUGUAUUUAUAUAUGUGUAAGAAAUAUGCCCUGUAAAAUGUAGUAUAGAUUUUAAAUAAUAAAUCUUUUGUAAGAAAAGUGCUAAAAUUAUUAUUUUUGUACUAAUUUAAUCCAUUUUUAUUAAUGAAUGCACUGGAAGGCAUUGCCUUAUAUGCGCUCUAACGUGCUGGAUAAGCGGCUGAAUGAUGAAUGUUUGGAUGAUUAUCGUCAUCAUCCCAAAACUCUGUUU